CUCCCGCCUUCUUCCCCAAGUAAUCAAAACCCUUAUAACACCACCAAAAAAAGGAGACUGAAUUUUUUUUUGAAAUCAAUGGACGACGAAUCCGCCGCCGCCGCCGCGGCCAAGACCCACCAGGACAACAGAGAACUCUGCACAGCCGCCCUCCAGCUCGCCACCCUAAUGUACACAACCCCCGACCCCGAAACCCUAGCCACCCUCCAGCAGAUGAAGCGAAAUUUCCUCUCCCCUGCCAAUCCCCUGCCUCCGAAUCGCCGCCGCGGAGGCGGCAGAGCGGAGGAUUUCCCCGCCGCCCCAAUUAAACUCCCCUCCGCCUACCCAAUCGACGACGCGCAGAUCAAGAUGCUCCUCCGCGACCAGCCCCCCCGGCCGCCGAUCCGGGGGCUGGAAACCCUAAUCGGGCAAUGCACGCCGCCGGAGGUGAAGCAGCUGACGGAGAGCGACAUCAAGGACAGCCAGGCGAGGCUCUCCCUGCCGAAGCCCUACGGCAGGGAGAGCAUCAAGCCCUUGCUGACCCCUGACGAGGACGUCGAGAAGGGGAUUCCGGUCACGGCGUACGACGCCGACGGGGAGAGGUUCGAGAUGAAACUGAAGCUCUGGGCCAAUCGGAAGGUCUACGUGCUGACGAGCGGGUGGAAGCCGUUCGCCAAGGCUCACGGGCUGCGCCACCACGAGGAUUUCGUCACCAUUUGGGUUUUCCGGAAGCUGGACACGGGGAAUUUGUGCGUCGCUAUAACUUCGCGGCGGCUGCCGGUGUACUGGGCUCUGAAGCGGAGCCGGCCGCCGGCGAUACAAUGAAAAGGGUUCCGGUUAGUGUUCUUUUUUUUUUAUUUGGGGGUUUGUUGCCGUCGUUGGUUUAGUGGCGGCGGGUUCUGCUGUGGAAAAAAAAAAUUGUGGAUAUAGGUUAAUUUUCUCAGAGCAGUGUGUGUAUAUAGUUAAAAGGGAUUGUUUCGUCGGCCAGGCUCUUUGCUCUUUGGUAAAGAUUCGAGGAUUUGGGAGAACUUUCUUUGCCAUGAGUUUUUCCAGGAUUCUUGUGUUCUAAUAUGAUCAAUCUUUCGGGUACAGGAAAUGUUCCUGAGUAUUCGAGUUGUGGAAACUUGGGAUGUAUAGAUGUGCGGGACAUGGGUGGUUAAUUUGUUUUGUUUGAUAGUGAUCUGCUUGUAAAUAACUCGGAUCGUUGCAGGUGGGUAAUUGAUGUGAGUGGAUUUGGAUCGGUGAAUUCUCUUCACUCGUAGUACUUAUUCAAGUGAGUACGGUGGGUGCGGGUGGGUUGCGAGUGAGUCGCUGGUGGAUCGCAUGAAUAAAUGACAACACGCUUU